GUCCUGAGACAGCGAACUAAUGGAGCGCCGACUCUGCAAGCUGAAGCCCGCCCUGCCUUUGCAUCCGGAGACGCGGGCUGUUCGCGUGGUCUUUGCUCCUGCCACUUUCCCUUCUGUCGCCUUAGCACCAUGGAAGCCACCAAGCAAGUGGUUAACUUUGGGCCCGGGCCUGCCAAGCUGCCAUACUCGGUAUUGUUAGAGAUACAGAAGCAGCUAUUGGACUACAAAGGCCUUGGCAUCAGUGUGCUUGAAAUGAGUCACAGGUCACCAGAUUUUGCCAAGAUUAUUAGCAACACAGAGAAUCUUGUGAGGGAAUUGCUAGCUGUUCCCAACAACUACAAGGUGAUCUUUGUACAAGGAGGUGGGACUGGCCAGUUCAGUGCCGUCCCCUUAAAUCUGAUUGGCCUGAAAGCUGGAAGGUGUGCCGACUACGUGGUGACCGGGGCUUGGUCAGCUAAGGCUGCGGAAGAAGCCAAGAAGUUUGGGACUGUGAACAUCGUUCAUCCUAAACUUGGAAGUUACACAAAAAUUCCAGACCCAAGCACCUGGAACCUCAACCCAGACGCCUCCUAUGUGUACUUCUGUGCAAACGAGACUGUGCAUGGCGUGGAGUUUGACUUCAUCCCUGACGUCAAGGGAGCAGUGCUGGUCUGUGACAUGUCCUCAAACUUCUUAUCCAGGCCAGUGGAUGUAUCCAAGUUUGGUGUGAUUUUCGCUGGUGCUCAGAAGAAUGUUGGCUCUGCUGGGGUGACGGUGGUGAUUGUCCGUGAUGACCUGCUGGGGUUCGCCCUCAGAGAGUGCCCAUCAGUCCUUGACUACAAAGUGCAGGCUGGGAACAACUCUUUGUAUAACACACCUCCGUGCUUCAGCAUCUACGUCAUGGGCAUGGUCCUGGAAUGGAUCAAGAACAAUGGUGGGGCCGCAGCCAUGGAGAAGCUCAGCUCCGUCAAAUCCCAAAUGAUUUAUGAGAUUAUUGAUAAUUCUCAAGGAUUUUAUGUGUGUCCGGUGGAGCGCCAGAAUAGAAGCAGGAUGAACAUUCCGUUUCGCAUUGGCAACAGCAAAGGGGAUGAAGCUCUGGAGAAGCGAUUUCUUGACAAGGCCGUAGAACUCAACAUGAUCUCCUUGAAGGGGCACAGGUCGGUGGGCGGCAUCCGCGCCUCUCUGUAUAAUGCUGUCACCACCAAAGAUGUGGAGAAGUUGGCUGCCUUCAUGAAGAACUUUCUGGAGAUGCAUCAGCUGUGAGCGUGACCAGCCUCGCCCCGUGAGCAGCGUUCAGAAUAACUUGGGGUUUUCUACAGAAACCUAACAGACGUGGACUCUUUCACAUACGUGCUUUUUACAGAUUUCCUUUUUCAAAGAAUAACCACUAAGCCACGGGGCUCUGCAGAGCCGAGGAAACUCCCAGCUAACGGCCACCUUCACUCCUACUCGGCCUGGAAGCAUUUUGAAAGCUUUCCUGUUGCUUUUCUAAUGAAUUCAGCCUGUCUGUCAUCUUUGCUCCUUUCUCUAGGUGGAUUGAAGGACUUGCCUUGGACUUUUCCCUGCUGGUUCCAACUGGUUCUUUAUCAUUAUCGUAUCCCAAGGAGGUUGAGAGGUCCUAUGUACUGGACGGACAGCUGUGAGUCGGUCGGGUUCUGCAGCUGUUGGUUAAAGUCAUCAGCGACUGAUGAGCAUUUUGGAUCUGUGUACUACAAUUCCCAUAAAAAGACAGGCAUGACAGGCCGUGUUUAUGGAGUGGGAACUUUUUUAAACACCAUACGGUUUAUAUCUAUGCUUUUGAAUUUCUAAUGAAACAGUUCUGUAGAGGCUUUUCAGAGUUCGUUCAGCCAGUGACUUUGUGCAUGACCGUCGUGUUGUGGACACUGGCACCCUCCACCCACUGCCUUUUAAAGCUGCUUCAUGAGAAGGAUCUAGGAGUUCCAUGAUUUACUUUUCUUGCCACAAGUAGAAGAAAUGGUUGUUUCUUUGCUUUUCGGUUAGGCCGUUAAACAAAACUCAGUUACGCCCCCCACCCCCAAACUAUGAUCGCGUGGCUGUUUUUGUAGUUUAACCAGGGCAACACUGUACAUUCCAGAUCUUUGCUGAGGUCUUUUCUGUGUUAGUGUUAGUGUUCAUGUGUUAGUGUUUUCGAUUGACGAUAUGAAGAACAUUAAAGUCCUGAGUCAUCUAAA